UGUUUCUAUUCCUUCUUCUUCUUCUUCUGUUCUAGUAGCAUCAAUUUCUUCGAUUUGGUGAUCUACUUUCUCAGACGACGGGCAGUGUUAAUCUUGGUCCUUAGCUAAUUGGGGUCAGUCAUAGCUGGCUAAUGGCUGGGAGAGUUUUUUUAGAGAGAGAGAGAAAGAAAACUUGAUUCUUUUGGAAGAUGUAUCUUCGAGAUUGCUAAGAUAAUUAUGAUUCUUUUGGAUUUCCAGAUUGAGAGCUGAAAUUAGAUCAUUUCUCUUCUCAACUUUCGUGGGUUUCCUCGAUUUUGACAUGGGUGGGUGUUUUUCCUGCUCCGGAUCAGUAGACAAUAAUCGUCUGAAGGAAGUAUCGAAGAAUAAUAAUAAUAAUAACUCGGUAAAGGAAGCUUCAACUGCUCCGUCUCACCAUCUGAGUAGACUCAGUUCGGAUAAAUCGAAAUCACAGAAUAGUUCAGAGAAUAAAAAAGAUCAUAAUAAGAAGGAACAAGCAGUCCAAAAGGAUGGAUCAACAACUGGGCAUAUUGCAGCACAGACAUUUACAUUUCGUGAACUUGCUGCUGCUACAAGAAACUUCAGGCCAGAAUGCCUAAUAGGAGAAGGUGGUUUCGGUCGUGUUUACAAGGGUCGAUUAGAGAGUACCGGGCAGGUAGUUGCUGUGAAGCAACUUGACAGAAAUGGCCUACAAGGAAACAGAGAAUUCCUAGUAGAGGUCCUCAUGCUUAGCCUAUUACAUCAUCCUAAUCUUGUCAACUUGAUAGGUUAUUGUGCGGAUGGGGAUCAACGGCUCCUAGUUUAUGAAUUCAUGGCUCUCGGAUCGUUGGAGGAUCAUUUGCAUGAACGACCACCAGAUAGAGAGCCAUUGGAUUGGAAUACAAGGAUGAAAAUAGCAGCAGGUGCAGCAAAAGGGUUGGAAUAUUUGCAUGACAAAGCAAACCCACCUGUUAUAUACAGAGAUUUGAAAUCAUCCAACAUCCUUCUCGGUGAAGCCUUUUAUCCAAAGUUAUCAGAUUUUGGACUUGCAAAACUCGGCCCUGUUGGUGAUAAUACUCAUGUCUCCACUCGGGUUAUGGGAACUUAUGGUUAUUGUGCUCCUGAAUAUGCCAUGACUGGUCAACUCACUCUCAAAUCUGAUGUAUAUAGUUUUGGAGUUGUCUUUCUCGAAAUAAUUACAGGACGCAAAGCCAUUGACAAUACUCGAGUUCAAGGGGAGCAAAAUCUAGUCGCAUGGGCAAGACCACUUUUCAAGGAUAGGAGGAAGUUUCCAAAAAUGGCAGAUCCCCUUUUACAAGGGAGGUUUCCAAUGCGAGGCCUUUAUCAAGCGCUUGCAGUUGCUGCCAUGUGUUUGCAAGAACAUGCAGCUACAAGGCCUCUUAUAGGAGAUGUUGUGACCGCGUUAACAUAUCUAGCAUCUCAAACACUCGAUCCAAAUGCUGCCUCGACUCAUAACAAUCGUGGCCAUCCAUCCACUCCAAGAAAUAGGGAAGACAAAAUGAAUGUGUCAAAUGGGAUCACCGAUAGUCCCAAAAGUUUUGGAUCGCCUUCCAAUAAUAGGAACUCUCCUGAUCUCAGAAGGAGAGAUACGGAUCUGGGUAAGAUUGAAACAUCCAGAGGAUCAGGAAGGAAAUCGUUUGUUGAGAUUGAUUCUCAUAGAGAUAGCCCGAGGAAUCGAGAUCAAGACAGAGAACGAGCAGUGGCAGAAGCGAAAUUUUGGGGCGAGAAAAAACGUGCUAAUCCUGUUGGCAGCUUUGAUGAUUGCACAAAAUGAUUAGAAAGGAUAUUAUUAUGUAUAUGUCUCACUCUUGUCUUUUUAAAUAGGAAAUUUGGUCUGGAUGUUGUCUUAUCGCCUCCUCGGUUUUACGCCGAUUAUGUUUAUACAGCCUUUGUGUGUAAUGGAUUUGGAGUUGGUUAUGUUCUCGGUUUAUACAAAAACAGUUGAUUACCGUUUGU